AUGAUAAGGUUGGUAUCAGAAUUAAGCAGUGUUUCAAGUCGAAAUAGAUUUUCACGAAGAUUCAUACGCGGAUUGUCAUCUUUGGUCUCAGAGCCGUUCAAAAUUCAAAAUGCUCGCAAAAUGAGAGACAAUAGUGAUGUCUUUGCCAGGCCCGAAAUCGUUUCGUUUGAUGGGUUUGGAACAUUAUAUUAUCCACGGAAGCCAGUAGCAGAGCAGUACAGCGAUAUAGCAAGCUCAAUGGGCCUAAAAAAGUCGGUGGAGGACAUCGAAAGAGAUUUUGGAGUGAUCUAUCUGGAACUUCAACGAGAACAUCACAAUUAUGGGAAACGUAGUGGCCUCAAAUCCACCGAUGAAUGGUGGCUGGAGUUGAUUGUGAAGCUAUUUGGUAUCCCUCAUUACUCCAAAGACGAUUCUUCAGCAAAAUUGUGCCGCAAACUCUUGGACCAUUUCACUUCCGAUAAGGCUUACGCAUUAUAUGACGACGUCAUACCCGUGCUUUCAGUUUUACGGGACCACGAUAUAUCCGCCGUCGUGGCUACCAAUUCGGAUCCUCGCGUUUUGAAGAUCCUCCAAAGUCUCGGCGUUUCCAAUUACAUCAACGACUCGGAUGUCUACAUCUCGUAUGAAAUCGACGCUGCCAAGCCCGAAAAAGAGUUCUAUGACGCAAUAGCCAAGCGCUACCGCAGCUCGCACCACAGUGAACGCCGACUCUCGUCCCAAUUCUUGGAAAAUUGCUGGCAUAUCGGCGAUGAUUACGACAAGGACUUUCUUGGAGCAGUUCGAGCAGGCUGGAACGGCGUAUAUUUAGACCGGCGCCGCCAAUCGCAGUUUUUCUCUGGGAAAAAGAUUCCUGUAAGCCAGCUCGAUGGCUGUUUCACCGACCAAGCCCAGGAGCUCGAUCUGAGUGAUGGAGAUUUUCACAUCAUUGCUAAUAAUCGGUUGGUGAUUUCCAACUUGACACAGCUACUCCGGGUAUUUGACUUGGAAGGAGAGGGUAGGGGAGAGGGUGUAUGA